AUGGGUACGGCUGCCAACUCUCUUGCUUUCUUGUUCAAGCAUUUGCUUAACGAUCCUCAUUAUUGUCGUCUAAGGGUUUCUUUCCAUGCUCUAAAUUUUUAUCAUAACUAUUAUUGUCCUAGUUUUAGUGCUACUUCUGCUAAAACUACCAAUAGUUGUAGAGAUGUUGUGGAAAGCCCCAAUCAGUUCUUGCAAUCUAUGAGAGAUCGAUGCAGAUCUCGAACCCUAAGGAAUCUUGAUGAUGCCUUACCCCUGUUUCAUAGAAUGCUUCACAUGCACCCUUUGCCUUCCCUCGUGGAUUUUACUCAAUUGCUGACUGCAAUUGCAAGAAUGAAGCACCACUCAACCGUGAUUUCUCUUAUUAAAGAAAUGGAACUGUCAGGAAUUGCUCCCGAUGCAUAUACUCUGGCCAUUCUGAUUAAUUGCUUCUGCCAUUCGAAUCGGGUGGAUUUCGGCUUCUCUAUCUUAGCUAGGAUUUUGAAACUUGGUUUUCAACCAAACUGUAUAAUUCUUAAUACUCUUGUCAAGGGGCUUUGUCUUCGGGGUAACAUUGCUGAAGCUGUGAAUUUGGUUUACAAAACGGAGAAGAUAGGCUACAAACCUGAUACAAUUACCUACGGAACGAUAAUAAAUGGUUUGUGUAAAAUAGGUAAGACCAGUGAAGCUAUUGGUUUGUUUAGAAAGAUGGAAGAAAAAAAUCUCGAACUUAAUGUAGUGCUGUAUAACACAAUCAUUGAUAGUCUAUGUAAGGACAGAUUGGUACCCGAGGCUUUGACUUUUUUCUCUGAAAUGGCAAAUAGAGGAAUUCAGCCAGACGUUUUCACUUACAAUUCUUUAAUUCAAGGCCUAUGCAAUUUCGGCUGGUGGAAGGAGACAACUAAACUAUGGAAUGAGAUGGUGAAAAGGAAAAUCAUGCCAGAUUUGCGUACAUUCAGCAUAUUGGUGGACACACUUGGCAAAGAAGGGAGGUUGAAAGAAGCAAAAGAAGUUUUUGAUGUGAUGAUUCAUAUAGGCAUAGAGCCUAAUACAAUUACUUACAAUUCUUUGAUUGAUGGUUACUGUUUGCAAAAUAGAGUGGAUGAAGCAGUCAAAGCAUUUAAAACGAUGAUUAGAAAGGGUUGUUUGCCUUGUGCUUUUAGCUAUAACAUAUUGAUCCAUGGAUAUUGUAAGAAUAGAAGAAUUGAUGAGGCAAUGAGUCUCUUCUGUGAAAUGACUAACUAUGGAAUGAUUCCUGAUGUUAUCACUUAUAACACUCUUAUGGGUGGGUUUUGCCGGGUUGGGAGACCUAAGAAUGCAUUAGAGCUACUCCAUGAGAUGCAAGGUUGUGGCCAACAUCCUGAUUGCCAAACUUAUGCUAUUUUGGUAGAUGGCUUGUGUAAGAAUCUACACUUUCAAGAGGCAAUGGCAUUGUUUCUGGAGAUGGAAGACAAAAAGCUCAACCUUGAUAUUGUGAUUUACAGCAUCUUGAUUGAUGGUAUGUGUAAUGCUGGGAAACUAACAAACGCAAGAGAACUCUUUAAUACUCUUCCUGCGAAAGGCUUUCAACCUAAUGUUCAGACUUACACUAUAAUGAUCAAAGGACUUUGCAAAGAGGGACUACUAAAUGAAGCGAGGGAGCUAUUUGAGAAAAUGGAGGAAAAUAGUUGUUCACCUGAUCAUAUCUCAUAUAACACAAUCAUCCAAGGUUUCUUGCAACAUAAUGAGACAUCAUGGGUAGUGAAAUAUAUCAAGAUGAUGGUUGACAAAGGUUUCUCGGCAAAUGCGACCACUGCGACCAUUUUGAUCAACUUGUUAUCUACUAAUCAGGCAGAUGAAACAUUACAAGAUUAUUUUCUAAAAUCUGUGUGAAAGCUUUCUAAUUCUUCAACAUGCAGGACAAAAUUUCAUAUUCUAACAUUUACAGUGCUAAUCUGUAAGGCUGACAAGUCCAGGAGGAGUGAAGGCCCACCCAAUCUUUGAUUAGGACCAUCGAUAUUGAGCAUUGUAGCUCUGAGUAUGUUUUCUGUCAUCUGGUUUCUUGUGGAGAGAAGGAUGUUCACGGUUAAUGCUUGGUUUUUCUGUUUGUUGUUUGAAACAAUCUUUGGUCAUUGU